AUGGGCUCCGUUCUUCCCGCCAUGGGCUCGGUUCUCCUGGGUGCCGCGGGUUCGGGCCCGAAGGCGUGCGCGAGGCCUCACCUGGCGGACAUCAUCACGUCGGACGUCGUGCACAGCUUCCUGUACGGACGCUGGAGGCGCGUGCACGGCGAGCACCAGCUCGCGCACGAGGACCGCGCCGCCGCCGCCGCCGCCGCCGCCGCGAGCCCCAGGACGGCUUUCACCGCCGAGGUGCUCGCGCAGUCCUUUUCCGGAGAGGUCCACAAGUUGUCGAGUCUGGUUCUUCCCAGCGAGGUGAUCAUCGCUCAAAGUUCAGUUCCAGGCGAGGGUCUGGGGAUCUUCUCCAAGACGUGGAUCAAGGCGGGCACAGAGAUGGGUCCCUUCACGGGCCGCCUGGUGUCUCCUGAGCACGUGGACGUCUUCAAGAACAACAACCUCAUGUGGGAGGUGUUCAACGAGGACGGCGGCGUGCGCUUCUUCGUGGACGCCAGCCAGGAGGAGCAGCGCAGCUGGAUGACUUACAUCAAGUGUGCACGCAACGAGCACGAGCAGAACCUGGAGGUGGUCCAGAUGGGCAGCGCCAUCUUCUACAAGGCGGUGGAGACCAUCCCUCCGGACCAGGAGCUGCUGGUCUGGUACGGGAACUCCCACAACACCUUCCUGGGCAUCCCUGGCAUCCCAGGAGGAGACGAGGAGCAGGGCAAGAAGAGCAAGAACGAUGACUUCCACCCCUGCGAGGGCUCCGCCUCCUCCUCCGCGUCCUCGGCGGCGGUGGCGGCGGCGGCGAGCGUGGGCCGCAUGCGCUGCGUCAUCUGCCACCGCGGCUUCAACUCGCGCAGCAACCUGCGCUCGCACAUGCGCAUCCACACGCUGGACAAGCCCUUCGUCUGCCGCUUCUGCAACCGCCGCUUCAGCCAGUCGUCCACGCUGCGCAACCACGUGCGCCUGCACACGGGCGAGCGCCCCUACAAGUGUCACGUGUGCCAGUCCGCCUACUCGCAGCUGGCGGGCCUGCGGGCCCAUCAGAAGAGCGCCAGGCACCGGCCCGCCGCCGCCGCCUCCGCCAGGGCGGUGCUGGUGGUGGGCGGAGCCUGCGGCCUCCACGAAGACCACUCCCCCCCUUCCCACCCGCCGCAGCUGGUGGCGGUGUCUCAUCCCGCCUCGCUGGUGCACCACAUCCCCGCCAUGGUGCUGUGACGCCGCACGCUAACACGC